AUGCGUUCUGGACGAUGUUCUUGGCCGAGAGGUAAAGUCGUUGGAGGAUCUUCCGUGCUACAUUCUAUGAUGCAUACACGCGGCAAUCGGAGAGAUUAUGACAAAUGGGCUGCAAAUGGGAAUACAGGUUGGGAUUAUAAUAGCGUGCUGAAAUAUUUUAAGAAGUCAGAAAACAUGCAAAUUGAAGAAUUGGCUAAGGACACUAAAUAUCAUUCAACAAAAGGUCCGAUUAAUAUACAGAACUCGAAUUGGCGAACACCACUAUCUGACGCAUUUUUGCAGGCAGGAGUAGAAACCGGGGGCAAGAUUGUCGACUACAAUGGAGAAAAACAGAUUGGAUAUUCUUACAUACAAUUCACGAUGAAAAAUGGUACAAGAAUGAGCGCAAGCCGGGCAUUUCUUCACCCGAUCAAAUACCGUGAAAACUUUCACAUCGUCAAGAACGCAAUGGUUACAAAAAUACUUAUAAACCCUUGGAAAAAGCAAGCCUAUGGUGUAGAAUUUGAAAAAGGUGGAAAAAAGCAUCGUAUAAAAGCAAAAAGAGAAGUUAUUUUAUCAGCAGGUGCUAUUAAUUCACCACAACUUUUGAUGUUAAGUGGAAUUGGACCUAGAUACCACUUAACAGAGAAAAACAUUACAACAUUUAUCGAUCUCCCGGUGGGAUACAACCUCCAAGAUCAUUGGGCAUUAGGUGGCCUUACUUUCCUUAUUAAUAGUACUGAUUCAAUUAGGUUUGAAAAGAUAGCUACUCUCAACAAUGUUAUUAAUUACUUCUCGCAACAUACAGGUCCUCUAACAGCACCAACAGGAACAGAAGCUCUAGCAUUUAUUGAUACCCAGGACAAAAAAAAUGAUGACGGCUACCCUGACUUGGAGCUAAUUUUUGUUGGUGGUUCUUUAGUUUCUCAGUCAGCAUAUAAAUAUGCAUUUUCUAUAGACGAAGAUAUAUAUGACGCAGUUUAUAAGCCCAUACACGACAGACAUACUUGGAUGGUGUUUCCUAUGUUGCUACUUCCUGAAUCGAGAGGCCGAAUAGCUCUGAGAAAUAAAAAUCCAUUCGAGAAACCUAUAAUAUAUGCUAAUUAUUUCACAGACGGAGGUCACGAUGAAGAGAUCAUACUGUAUGGAAUAAGAAAAACCAUACAGCUGUCUAAAACUAAGGCUUUUCAAAAAUUUGGAAGCAAAUUGCACGAUAUUCCAAUACCGCGAUGUGCACAUCACAGAUUCGAUUCAGACCCUUAUUGGAUAUGUGCAAUGAAAACAAUAACAAACACAAUAUACCAUCACUGCUGCACUGCAAAAAUGGGACCGAGUCACGACCCAGAAGCUGUGGUAGAUUCCCGUUUAAGAGUACACGGAAUCAGGGGGUUAAGAGUAGUCGAUGCUAGUAUUAUGCCUCACGUCCCAGCGGGUCACACAAAUGCACCAACUAUGAUGAUAGCAGAACAUGCAGCUGAUAUGAUAAAAGAAGAUUGGGGAAUUCCAAUAUAG